AUGACAUUUAAAUGUCAAACAAAAAUAUUAUCAAUAUUAACUCAACAAUCAUUAACAAUUUAUUUAAUAUUUUCUUUAAAUAUUUUAAUUUUAAAUGCUGAUCAACAAUUGCCAGCUCAAGAAAAGGAAAAUAAUAAUAAAGAAAAUAAUUCUCCUGUCCAAACAAAUUGUGUUGAUUCGGAUCCAAAAUGUUCUUUAUGGGCUAGUCAAGGAGAAUGCCAAACUAAUGCUAUUUGGAUGAUGACAAAUUGUCGACAGUCCUGUCAAAGUUGCCAAGGCGGUGAUCGUGCCUGGCAAUUACGAAGUGAAUUAACUAAAAACUAUGAUAAUUCAACUUCUGCAAAUGCUACAAGACUUGUUUCUGUUGAAAGUGUUAGAAUACAACAUAUGGAAAUUGAUGAAAAUAAAGAACAAGCUCGAGUUUUUGGAAGACUUGUACUUUCCUGGAAUGACUCCAAAGUUAGCUGGGAUAGAGAAAGUUGGGGUUUGUCUUGGCUAAACUUCUAUUGGGUACAGGUGUGGACACCACAACUUUUACAAAUUAACGCGUUGGACCGUCAACGUAUUUGCUACCAAUUUGAUGAUAAAAGAUAUUUUGCUGUUAAAUUUAUUGUUUCAGAAGAAGUUCGUAAUCGACAGCAUGAGUCUAUUCAAGAUGCUCAUGUUUCUGGUUGGGAUAUUGAACAGUUGGAUAUUUCUGACAGCAAAUACACAGUGCAAAUAUUGGGUGACUGGCGUCAAAACCCCUUCGAUAUUCAAACCACAAAUUGCGAACUCUGUAUUGAAUUACGGCGCUCAGCAGUUUAUUAUUUUACUGAAAUGGUCUGUCCAGCAUUGGUUAGCUCUGUAUUGACACUUUCUUCUGUCCUCUUUCAAUUAGCGUUGGGACAACCAGCAAUGCUUUGUUUUAGUAUUUUGUGCCAAUUAAUGGGAUUACAAUUAUUAAAUGCUCGAUUACCUUCUUAUACUGGAACAGUACCGACAAUAUUAAAAUACACUUCUUUCAAUCUACUAAUCAGUAGUUUCCUCCUACUCUCAACAAUUGUUUUGCGACGAAUUUCUCAAGCUAAUUCCAACAUCCCCCUCCCACGUUUUAUCUACACACUUAGCAGUCUCUUAGAUAAAUGCAUGCCAUUGCCAAAAGGUGGAAAAGAUUUACUUGAGGAAAACAGUGAUAAUGGAAAUACUCCACUUGGAAAUUAUUCAGAAAUUGCUUUAACUUUAAAUAAUUCAUUAUUUUCUGCAGCAAUAUUUAUUUAUAUUUUGGCUUUCAUUUUCUCCUUUCUUUUAUGA